UGAUUGGCCCACCUCGCGGCCUCCAGCCACCUGCUGCUGUCUGUCUUGGGGCCACAAGCCCCGUGCUCCAUCCUGCCCACCAGGCCCAGCGUGGCAACAGCGGGCCGGACUCUGGACCUGCUGCUUCUCAGACGUCUCCAUGACAACCAGGGCCUUGGAGGAGUUGGAUGGAGGCCUGGGCAGUUGCCAAGUGGAGGAGGACCUCUCUGCACUGCCUGACCCCUGCCCAGGCCGGCCCCGGGAGGACAGGGCUCAAGUGACAUCCAGGCUGGCCGACUCCAGCAGCUGGCCCCGUGACUCUCAGGAGCCGGCAGCUGAGGGCAGCCCCGUAGGAGGUGUGGAUGCUUGGCCCAAGAAAACAGAAAAGGAGCCUGUGGCCAAAGUGGCCUCCGGACCUGGCCCCCGGAGCCCCGCGCGGAAGAAGGCGCAGGCCGCGUCGCCCUCGCAGCCGCCGCCCCCGCCCCCGCCCCCGGUCCUGAGUGAGGAGCUGCUCUGGGGACACCUGACGCUCAACAAGUGCCUGGUGCUCGCCUCGCUCGUGGCGCUGCUGGGCUCCGCCUUCCAGCUGUGCCGCGAGGCCGUGGCGGGGGAGGCGGAAGCCCCUGCGCCUGUCCCUGAGCCGUGGGUCCCGCCAAGCUCGGCCCUGAAGGAGCCAGCGUCACCCCUGCCAAAGUCCGUGGCCUGGGCCCCCCCACUGGGACCGCCUGAGCCCCUGGCGAAGGUAGAGGAAAGGGCCGCGGUUCCCAGGAGCAGCGGGGCUGCAGGGAAGGACAAAGGGGAGUCUGAGGAGGCCGCUGAGGAGGAGCGCGUGCCGCUUGCCAACCGAGGGCCCAAGGAGAGGCGGAAGAAGGAGGAGAAGCCAAGAAAGGAGAGGCCCCGGAAGGAGAGGCCACAGAAGGAGGAGAGGCCGAGGAGGGAGAGACCCCGGAAAGAGGAGAGGCCGUGGGCUGCCGGGGAGGCCCUACCCCGACGCUGGGAGGCACGCGAAGGGGGCCAUAGGGCAUGGGCGGGAGAGUCCAGAGACCCCGAGCAUAGGAAGAGGCAGGCCUGGGCCUCCCCACGGCGCCCCGACGAGGAGGACCGGCCUCCCGGCCGCCAGAAGCGCCACGCGGGCAAGGGGCGGGACUGAGCCAGACCUGGGUCCUGCACGGGGGUCCCUGAACCUCUGCUCGACCGCCCCGCGGUUCCAGCAAAUAAAGCGAGUGUUGUGGUCCCCCUCA